AUGGUAAAGGCUAACAACGUCGAUAUGUCUCUUGAUGACAUCAUCUCAAAGACCAGAAAAACCAAUAAUAGUAUUCACAAAAAACCACUCGGAGGAGCCAGACGCGGUACUGGAAGACCUACCGGGCUUCCACGUCGCUCUGGAGGAAGCAGCGGGGGAUGGAGAGACCUUGAUGCCGUCAGCAACCAUGGAAUUACCAGCAGAGGAAGCGACAGCAAGGUUAUCCGCGUCAAUAUCUCAAAUCUUGCACCAACCGUUAUCUCGAGCGAUUUGGAAGAGCUCUUCGGAGACUACAAGCUCCACUCGGUUUCAGUUAACUUCAACGAACAUGGCGAAUCUCUCGGAACCGGUGAUAUCUCGCUCACAAAACGUGAUGCUGACAGACUUGUUCAAAAGUUCAGUGGAGUCGCUCUCGACGGAAAGAUGAUGAAGUUCGCUGUUAUCGAUUCAAGUAACAUCGCCGGAAGAGUCGACUUUGGAAACAAAUCUCGCAGCGCUCCAGCAAGCUCAGGCCGCGGUUUCCAGUCCGGUCCACGCAGAUUCAACAGAAAGCCAGAAGAUUUUCUCCGUGACGGAGUUCACGAGGGAGACACGAAGAGAGGAGGAUCUUCUCGUGGAGGAUUCCGCAAGGGAGGACGAGGAGGAGAUCGUGACUCGAAACCAAAGAAAACAGAAGCUGAACUCGACGCCGAGCUCGAGGCCUAUAUGGCAAAGCGCAACGCUUGA